AGGGACGAAGGGGUCCGGAGCUAGCGUAGACCAAUCAGGCUGCUGGGGGCGGGGCCUCCGCGGAAAGUGGGCGUGGCCUAGGGGGGAAAUCGCCAAGAACGCGCCGGAGGUCCUAGCCCGGGAAGAGGCCCUCUGCGGUGCGGGAAAGAUCACGCCGCCAUGCCUCCCUCUGGGCGCCGCGCAGCCCUGCUCCUCCUGCCACCGCUGCUGCUGCUCCGCGCUGUUCUGGCCGUGCCUCUAGAGCGGGGGGCGUCCAAGGAGGAGAGCCCCGCGACCGAGAGCCCCGUGAGUGGCCCUGCCCUGCUCUCCAGCCAGGUGUUUGCAGUGGACACGGGCCUGUACUACCACCGGUACCUCCAGGAGGUCAUCAACGUGCUGGAGACGGACGGGCACUUCCGGGAGAAGCUGCAGGCCGCCAACGCCGAGGACAUCAAGAGUGGGAAGCUGAGCCGUGAGCUGGACUUCGUCAGCCACCAUGUCCGCACCAAGCUGGACGAGCUCAAGCGGCAGGAGGUGUCACGGCUGCGGAUGCUGCUCAAGGCCAAGAUGGACGCCCAGCAGGAGCCCAAUGUACAGUUGGAUCACCUGAGUCUCCUGAAGCAGUUUGAACAUCUCGACCCUCAGAAUCAGCACACGUUUGAGGCCCGGGACCUGGAGCUGCUGAUCCAGACGGCCACCCGGGACCUCGCCCAGUACGACGCCGCCCAUCACGAAGAGUUCAAACGCUAUGAGAUGCUCAAGGAGCACGAGAGACGCCGGUAUCUGGAGUCACUGGGAGAGGAGCAGCGAAAGGAGGCAGAGAGGAAGCUGGAAGAGCAACAGCGCCGGCACCGAGAGCACCCCAAAGUCAAUGUGCCUGGCAGCCAAGCCCAGUUGAAGGAGGUAUGGGAGGAGCUGGAUGGAUUGGACCCCAACAGGUUUAACCCCAAGACCUUCUUCAUCCUGCAUGACAUCAAUAGCGACGGUGUCCUCGAUGAGCAGGAGCUGGAGGCCCUCUUCACCAAGGAGCUGGAGAAGGUGUAUGACCCAAAGAACGAGGAAGACGACAUGCGGGAGAUGGAGGAGGAGCGGCUGCGCAUGCGGGAGCACGUGAUGAAGAAUGUGGACACCAACCAGGACCGCCUCGUGACCCUGGAGGAGUUCCUCGCAUCCACCCAGAGGAAGGAGUUUGGGGACACCGGGGAGGGCUGGGAGACGGUGGAGAUGCACCCUGCCUACACGGAGGAAGAGCUGAGGCGUUUUGAGGAGGAGCUGGCCGCCCGCGAGGCCGAGCUGAACGCCAAGGCGCAGCGGCUCAGCCAGGAGACCGAGGCCCUGGGACGCUCCCAGGGACGCCUGGAGGCCCAGAAGCGGGAGCUGCAGCAGGCCGUUCUGCAAAUGGAACAGAGGAAACAGCAGCAGCAAGGCCGCAAGGACCCGGUCCCCGGCCCUGAGGGACAGCUCAAGUUCCACCCGGACACAGGUGAUGCACCUGUGCCAGCUCCAGUUGGUGACCAGAAGGAUGUAGACCCUUCAGAAAAGAAGGUUCCUGAACAGCCCCCCGAGCUGCCCCAGCUGGAUUCCCAACACCUGUGACCCCUCUUGGACCCAGCCCUCUGCGUUCCUACCGAGGCAGCUGAUGCGAAGGGGAUGAGGUGUCACAAGCAGCCUCCCCUGGGGGCCAGCAACAUGUGUGGCCUCCUGGGGGCGGGGAGACAGGGUGGCACUUCCCGCCUUGUUGCCCAGGCCCCGUAUCUGCCGCCUCAGCUUCCACAGCCUGCCAGUCUGUGGUCCCUUCUUUCUGUUCCCCUCCAAGGGACCUGCCUUCUCUUGUCCAGUCGGGCGCUCACUGGGUCCCUGUAACUUAGGGAAGCUCCUCUCUCCCGAGGGGUCAGCUCCGUGCCUGCCUUUCUAGAUGAUUUGGCUGUGCCCAGUUGUGGCCACUUCAGCAUCCUGCGUCCCCACAGCUGCUGGCAUCCUGCCUGCUGCUCUGCCCCAGCUUCUGUUGGUUUAUGGGGCAUAGGUGGUCCCUCAGACCUUUCUGUCCCUUCUGUGGGACCGGCAAUGCAUCAGAGACAGUGUCUUCCCCAUGGCUGGGUGCGAGGGGCAGGAGAGUCCUCAGCGUGACUGGUCAGCGCUGACACUGAGAGCUCGGACUCUCCCUGAUGCCUGGCUUCCAGCUGCCUCAGCCUCCUCCCUGACACCUUGGCCCCCAGCCCCUUCCCCACACAGCCCCAGAAGGGUCCUGGAACUGACCCGGCCCCAGGAGCCGGUCCCAGCCCUCAGCCUCGUGUGGAAGGCCCUGUGAGGUCAGCCCUGCCCGCCUUUCUGGCCUCAUCUCACACUGCUCUGUGUCCUGCUCUAUACGCCAGUUCCAUCGAAAUACACUUUUCUGGAACAAA